AUGCUCUCUUCAGGUCAGGGUGAAGGGUCCCGUCUUCGUCAGGAAGACUUUCCACCUCGAAUUGUUGAACAUCCAUCAGAUGUAAUUGUUUCUAAAGGGGAGCCAACUACUUUGAACUGUAAGGCUGAAGGAAGGCCAACUCCUACUAUUGAAUGGUACAAAGAUGGAGAGCGUGUGGAAACUGACAAAGAUGAUCCCCGCUCACACCGCAUGCUGCUUCCUAGCGGAUCUUUAUUUUUCUUACGAAUUGUACAUGGACGCAGGAGCAAACCAGAUGAAGGAAGUUAUGUGUGUGUUGCAAGGAACUAUUUGGGGGAAGCUGUGAGUCGUAAUGCAUCCCUGGAAGUAGCCUUGCUACGGGAUGAUUUCCGGCAAAACCCUACAGAUGUUAUUGUGGCAGCAGGUGAACCAGCUAUUUUAGAGUGCCAGCCUCCUCGAGGUCAUCCUGAGCCCACUAUCUACUGGAAAAAAGACAAAAUUCGAAUUGAUGACAAAGAAGACCGAAUCAGUAUCCGAAGUGGAAAGCUUAUGAUUUCAAACACAAGAAAGAGUGAUGCUGGAAUGUACACAUGUGUUGGCACCAAUAUGGUGGGAGAACGGGACAGUGAUCCAGCAGAGCUGACUGUCUUUGAACGACCCACAUUUCUCAGGAGACCAAUCAACCAGGUGGUUUUGGAAGAAGAAGUUGUAGAAUUCAGAUGCCAGGUACAGGGAGAUCCUCAGCCAACAGUCCGUUGGAAGAAAGAUGAUAAUGACUUGCCAAGAGGAAGAUAUGACAUCAAAGAUGACUACACCUUGCGUAUUAAAAAGGGAAUGAGCUCAGAUGAGGGAACCUAUACAUGCAUAGCUGAGAACAGGGUUGGAAAAGUUGAAGCAUCUGCUACUCUCACAGUUCGAGGUGAGUACCGCACUCCUCCACAGUUUGUGGUAAGGCCACGUGAUCAGAUUGUCACCCAGGGCCGAACAGUGACAUUUCCAUGUGAAACCAAAGGGAAUCCCCAGCCAGCUGUGUUUUGGCAAAAAGAAGGCAGCCAAAAUCUUCUUUUUCCAAACCAGCCUCUCCAGCCCAAUGCCAGGUAUUCUGUGUCACCAACAGGAGACCUUACUAUUACCAAUAUCCAGAGAUCUGAUGCAGGCUACUACAUCUGCCAAGCACUCACUGUUGCUGGAAGCAUUUUAGCAAAGGCUCAGUUGGAAGUUACAGAUGUUUUAACAGAUAGGCCUCCACCCAUCAUUCUUCAAGGACCUGUAAACCAGACACUGGCAAUAGAUGGAACAGCUUUGCUGAAAUGCAAGGCUACUGGUGACCCACUGCCUGUUAUCAGCUGGUUAAAGGAAGGAUUCACUUUUCUGGGCAGAGAUCCAAGGACAUCUAUGCAAGACCAAGGAACCUUGCAAAUUAAACCUUUACGAAUAUCUGAUACUGGAACAUAUACAUGUGUUGCCACAAGUUCAAGUGGGGAAACAUCUUGGAGUGCUGUGCUAGAUGUGACAGAGUCUGGGGGAGCAACAGUGAGCAGAAAUUAUGAUUUAAAUGAUCUCCCAGGCCCACCAUCCAAGCCUCAGGUCACCGAUGUCACGAAGAAUAGUGUCACUUUGUCUUGGCAGCCAGGCACUCCUGGAAACCUACCUACUAGUGCAUAUAUCAUUGAGGCUUUUAGUCAGUCGGUGAGCAAUAGUUGGCAAACAGUUGCUAAUCAUGUAAAAACAACACCUUACACUGUGAGAGGACUUCGUCCAAAUACAAUUUACCUGUUUAUGGUGAGAGCUAUCAACUCACAAGGUUUGAGUGAUCCCAGCACCAUGUCAGACCCUGUCCGAACCCAAGAUAUCAGCCCACCAGCACAAGGUGUGGAUCACAGGCAAGUCCAAAAAGAGCUUGGUGAUGUCAUUGUACGGUUGCAUAAUCCUGUUGUGCUGACCCCUACCACAGUUCAAGUUACCUGGACGGUUGACCGCCAAUCCCAAUUUAUUCAAGGUUAUCGAGUCAUAUAUCGGCAGACAUCAGGAUUACCCUCCCCUUCUGCAUGGCAGACCCUAGAAGUCAAAGUUCCCAUAGAGCGCAGUGCUGUCUUAGUCAAUUUGAAAAAAGGGGUUACUUAUGAAAUUAAAGUUCGACCCUACUUCAAUGAGUUUCAAGGGAUGGACAGUGAAUCAAAAUCUGCACGUACUACAGAAGAAGCUCCAAGUGCCCCUCCACAAUCUGUUACUGUUCUGACAGUUGGAAGCCACAACAGUACCAGCAUCAGCAUUUCUUGGGAUCCUCCACCUCUAGAUCACCAAAAUGGAAUAAUUCAAGAAUACAAGAUCUGGUGCUUGGGUAAUGAAACAAAAUUUCAUAUUAACAAGACUGUAGAUGCAGCCAUUCGCUCUGUCGUGAUUGGAGGCCUCUAUCCAGGUAUUCAGUACAGAGUAGAAGUUGCAGCCAGUACAAGUGCAGGUGUAGGAGUGAAAAGUGAACCUCAACCCAUAGUAAUUGGAAGUCGUAAUGAAGUUGUCAUCACCGAAAACAACAAUAGCAUAACAGAGCAAAUAACAGAUGUUGUUAAGCAACCUGCCUUUAUAGCUGGAAUUGGUGGUGCUUGCUGGGUAAUACUGAUGGGUUUCAGUAUCUGGCUGUACUGGCGCAGAAAGAAGAGGAAAGGCCUCAGCAAUUAUGCAGUUCAGUCGUUCACCUUCACCCCUGCAGUCACCUUUCAAAGAGGAGAUGGUGGACUUAUGAGCAACGGAAGUCGUCCAGGACUGUUAAAUGCAAGUGAUCCCAGUUAUCCUUGGCUUGCGGAUUCUUGGCCUGCCAGCAGUCUUCCAGUAAACAACAGUUCUAGUGGGCCAAAUGAUCUUGGGAAUUUUGGUCGUGGAGAUAUAUUGCCUCCAGUGCCAGGCCAAGGGGAUAAAACUGCCACAAUGCUUUCUGACGGAGCCAUCUAUAGCAGCAUUGACUUCACUACCAAAACUAGUUACAACAGUUCAAGUCAAAUAACACAGGCAACCCCAUAUGCCACAACGCAGAUACUGCAUUCCAACAGCAUCCAUGAAUUGGCAGUCGAUUUACCAGACCCCCAGUGGAAAAGUUCAAUUCAGCAAAAAACGGACCUAAUGGGAUUUGGUUACUCUUUGCCUGAUCAGAACAAAGGCAACAAUGCCUUACUUUACAUCCCUGACUACCGAUUGGCUGAGGGAUUGUCUAAUAGAAUGCCACACAACCAGUCACAGGAUUUCAGCACAACCAGCUCUCACAACAGCUCAGAAAGAAGUGGCAGCCUCUCAGGUGGGAAAGGAGGGAAGAAAAAGAAAAACAAAAAUACUUCCAAGCCUCAGAAAAAUAAUGGGUCUAACUGGGCCAGCAUUCCUCUUCCACCCCCACCGAUACAGCCUCUUCCAGGCACGGAACUAGAGCACUAUGGGGUAGAUCAGCAAGAAGCAGGGUAUGACAGUGAUGGUUGGUGUCCACCAUUACCAGUCCAGACAUACUUACAUCAGGGAAUGGAGGAUGAACUUGAAGAAGAAGAUGACAGAGUUCCUACACCUCCUGUCCGAGGAGUGGCUUCUUCCCCUGCAAUUUCCUUUGGACAGCAGUCCACUGCAACACUAACACCAUCUCCACGGGAAGAGAUGCAACCUAUGCUUCAGGCCCACCUUGAUGAAUUGACCAGAGCCUAUCAGUUUGAUAUAGCAAAGCAAGCAUGGCACAGUCAAAGCAAUACUCAGCCCCCUCAGACCCCAGUACCACCUUUAGGAUAUGUGUCAGGAACUCUAAUAUCAGAUUUGGAAACAGAUAUUCCAGAGGAUGAUGAUGAGGAGGAUGAUAUUGAAGAAGAAGAAGAAGCUAUAGAAAUUACAAGGCCACUGAGAGGACUAGAGCAUACUCCAGGCUCCAGCAUGGACAAUUUAGACAGCUCCGUGACAGGCAAACCAUAUUCUUCCUCUCAGAGACCUCGACCAACCAGUCCAUUUUCUACUGACAGCAACACCAGUGCAACCCAGAAUCAGAGUCAAAGGCCUAGGCCUACCAAAAAACACAAGGGAGGCAGAAUGGACCAGCCCCCAUUGCCUCACCGUAGGGAAGGAAUAACAGAUGAUCUUCCACCACCACCAGACCCACCCCCUGGUCAGGGUUUAAGGCAACAGAUAGGCCCUGGCCAACGUGGAGGUUCGACAGAGAGAAAAGGAAGCUCUCUAGAACGACAGCAUGCAUCCAGCAUAGAUGAAACAAAGAGCUCUUUGGAUCGUCAAGCUAGAACGUCACUAGAGUGGCAGCGGCAAACCCAGGAAUGGAUAAGCUCCACAGAACUUCAAGGCCAGCAAAAGCAAGCAUUUGGAUCAGAAGAAGCACUGGUUCCAUAUAGCAAGCCUAGUUUCCCAUCCCCAGGUGGUCACAGCUCUUCAGGUACAGCAUCUUCAAAAGGAUCAACUGGACCCAGAAAAGGCGAGGUCAUACGAGGAGGUCAUCAACGCAACACCAGUGAUCUCAUUGAUGUAGGAUAUAUUGGAUCGAAUGGCCAAGGACAGUUUUCUGCUGAAUUAUGUAAGCCUUGUUUUAGAUGCAGUAAAAUGAAUGCUUUAAAAACAUGA